CAUCAUGGUGUCACGCCGCAAGAUUCUUUCACGUUCUAGAGAUGAUCUGAAUUUGGAUCAGACUUUUAGUCCACAGGAAGAGGAGGAGGAUGUGUGGUAUCAAAAGGAGAAACUCUAUAAGGAGCACAUACAAGAAGUUUUGGACAAAUGGACACAAAUAGAUGAUGAGAUUUGGGCCAAAGUGAUUGUUUUCGAACGCAAUCGACGCGUAGCGAAAGCAUAUGCACGUGCGCCAGUGCUCACCAUAAAUGGCUCAGAUGAUGGCUUCGAUGGCAUGCGCAUCGGCUUAUGCGGUUUUGAUAAUCCAAUGCGCGAUCAGAAGACCGAGGAAUAUAAGCGGCACAUCGGGCAGGGCGUCAAAAUCAAAAUGGAUGACGCUGGCAAUAUACUCGUUCGCCGCUAUGCCAAAAGCAAUGUUUACGUUAAGAGCACAGCGAGCGCUCCCAACGAGGAGACAUCCAUUGGUGCCGACAUACUCAAAUUGCCAAACCAAGCAUUGGAAAGUGAAAAAAUAGUCAAAUUAUUCGAUAUGAAAAAAUUCCAAUCGAAUGUAAAUCGUGAACUUCGUCGUGCUUAUCCCGAUCGUCGACGCCUGGAGACGCAAUGUCUGUCCGUUGUGGCUUUUGUCAAAUCGGAGAACGAUAUAUUGGACUGUCCCGUUUGGGUGCUCAUUGUCAAUGUGGUCGCAAUGGAUAUGCUAAAGAGCAAAUUGCCACCAGUGCAACGCCCCAUAGUGGACAUUAAGAAUCGCCCUAGGAUCCCCAUACCCGACGAGGAUCCGUACAGCGUGGCCGGCAAUGGCAGCGGCGGCAGUUCGGGCAGCUCUGGUUUCGGUGCUGGCAGCAGCCAUCAUUCACAACAACAACAGCAGCAGCAGGUCGCCGCCGCCAGUAUGGGCAUGCACACCAUGAACGGCGCUGGUAUGAAUGGUGGCACCGCAGUCGCCGGACAUGUGGCCGCCACACGUGAACAGUUGCUAUUGCAGACACAACAAUUGGCUCAUAAACGCAGCGAGAAACCGCCGAAAUUGCCGCCACGCGAUAAUAUUUACUCGCAUGACAUUAUACCCAAGCCCGAUUACGAUGACAUCGAGGUGGACACCAGAAUCAAAUUAUCACGUGGCAAAUCAGACAAAGGCAAAGACAACAAAAAAUAUGAUGAUCCUUACUAUUGUGGCUUGCGCGCACGUGUACCGAACUUCGUGAAGACCUCCAAGUCCAGCAAGGAGCACAAGGAGCACGUCACCAAUGGAACACUGGUCAAUGGCAACGCUGGCAACACGAAUGGCAACAGCAACGGCAGCAACAUGAACACACUCAGCCAGAAGAAGAACUCCAUGAUCCACAUGUCGAUGACGGCGCCCAAUUUGCACGCGAUGCAUGUGGCAGCACCACAGCCGCCGCCACACAUGCAUCCACACCACAUUCAGCAGCAGCAGUUGAUGGCCGCCGCUGCAGCACACGCCGUGCAUCAUCAACAGCAUCACGUGCCACAGCAUCCGAUGUGGCAGACGCGCAGCUUCGAGAGCGGCAUAGAUGCCGAUUUAGUUGAAUCACCAUACAAUCACAUCUAUGGACGCUUGCCGCUGCCAACUCGUGGCUACGUGCCCACACCGCGCACCAUGUACAUUGGCGAAUGGGAUUGA